AGAGUCGCAGCGCAGUAGACAUGAUCUCAUCACUGGUGCACGUACUCACGCUGCUCGCGGCGGGGGUGCUCGCCCUGGACGAGGAGCAGGCGGAACUGGCACGCAUGGUGCGCGAGAAUUGCGUCGACGAGAUAGGCGUAGACGAGGGGCUGCUUGCAAAGGUGGACGACGGCGCGGACCUCAUGCCCGACCCCAAGCUCAAGUGCUACCUCAAGUGCACCAUGGAGAUGGCAGGUAUGAUCUCGGACGGCGUGGUGGACGUGGAGGCGGUGCUCGGGCUCCUCCCUGACGAUGUCAAGCUCAGGACCACCGACAUUGUGCGUGCCUGCGAUACGCAGAAGGGCGCCGACGACUGCGAUACAGCUUUCCUCACACAGACAUGCUGGCAGCAGGCUAACAGAGCCGAUUACAUCUUCAUAUAGACUGGCCGCGCCGGGUGAGAACUAGACCUUACAGUAUUAUUACGACUAUUGUUAUAAUAUAAAUAAUUUGAACAUUA